AAGGAAAAUAAAGACAAACAAGACAACUCCGUAAACAUCCAAAUUCAUAAGGAAAAAAACAGUACUCAUUAGGCUACAAGCGUGAAGAAUUAAACAAACAGCUAUGAGAAAUUUAACAACCAGCUAUGAAAAAACUUGACCACAAGCUAUGAAAAAACUUGAUAACCAGCAAUGAAGGAGAAUCGUCUUUGAAACUAGAUGCCAUUACGUCAACACCCAUGCGUUCAACAAAUGGUCAUUGAAUGAAUGAAGAGAUUGGAUCUUGCUGAGAAUGGCGAAGGGGAGCCACCCAUGCCAGUUGUAACAACGAGAAUUAUAGCCCCUGGAGAGCUGCAGCACCGUGACUGUUUGGAAGUUGAUUUUGGCGACACUUCAUUGAGCGGGGCACGCUUGGACGAUGUCGAAUGGCAACAUGUGGACAGAGUUUCUGACAUCAGAUUUUCCAGCCUUGCAAGUCCGCGGGCAGACAGCUCAUUGCCCCCAAUUUCUAAAACUUCUAGUCACGUGACAGGGGGGCUACGUCUAGAACCAUCCACGCCAAAGAAACUCGUUCACUCCUUGAGACUUUCUAAAAGUCAAAACUCUCUCACGAAACUCAAAUCCAGCGAGUCAGGUGACUUCGGCUUUUUAAGGAAUAACGCCUUCUUCGACCAGCAUGUCGAAAAACAUGCGACUCACACUCCAACGGCUCGCGUGGAAGUGAGAGAGCCAGGAAAAUCAAACGAAGGCAGCAACGUAAGAACUUUCACAAAAAGUCCAGCGUACCAGCAGAAGCUAAUGCCGUGGGAGUCCGCCAGGCUGUCGCCAGUCAUUUCAGCGGACAAUAUCAACAACCGAGUCAUCAAGUUUCUAGCCGCUGACAAUAAACUCCAUUCAGUGCCAGCAUCUAGAUCUAAAUUAAAGACUUCUGUGCCAUCUAGAGCGAUGUACCCCAGUGCUUCGCAGAACACCAUGACGUCAUCUCAUUCGACCGCUAGGCUUUUAGCAUCCAAAUCGCACGAAAGGCUCAACCCAGCCUUCUCCCAUUCCCCAGUGCCUAGGAUUUCGCCCUUUCCGAAGGCGUAUCCGACAAAAAGCAGAAAUAUUGUGCGCACGAGAGAGUUUAAGCAGUUUGGGCCACAGGCUAAGUCUACGGAAAAAGGCGUAUCGAUUCGCAGAAAAAUCGAGCAGUAUCGAAAAAAAUGCGACGAGCAAUACACGGACACAUUGAAGAGACUAAAGCUUGAGGGAGACCAUGACAGCAAGCCGAGUCACUCAAGACCAACGGCAUUACCCUUCUCGGGUAUCGACUUUACCAAGAUUCUAGAAGAACGAAUCCACGAACACGUUGCUGACGACGACGGGGUCUCCCAAAGAGAGAAACUCAAACAAGCUUCAAGGAGCAUGGUCAGCGAAUACGCCACGAACGCUAGAAUCGAAAAACGAUCGCUGGUGACGUCAUCGAUUUUUGAGUCGCGGCCCGUGUCUCGAGCCACGUGGAAGACGUGGCGUGACGUCAACGAGAGCGACGCCUACAACGACGUGGCCCAGUACAUCCGCGACAAUGAUCUUAUGGACGCCGAACGAGAGCGCUGGAUAACGACGUGGUUAGAGGAUGUUCAGUCCGCCAUGAAGAAUAUGGAAGCAGAAAGUGAAAUGAAUCUCAUGGACUCGUAAUUUUACCUUUUUUUCAACUAGAAAAACCGACAUUAGAAUUUGCCAUGCAAUUGUGGACAUUUUGAAAAAAACAAUCAAAAGCUCUAGAAUGCUCAGUUUUUACACAAAUAAAGAGAAAAUAGACUUAACUAAUGUCCACAGAAUUAAUAUUAAAAUAUAUAUUGUUAUAUAUCUAUAGGGGAGGCGCGGUGGUAAAGCGCUUGGGUUUCCGAACCGACGGUUCCGGGCUCGAAUCCCGUCGUACAGACAUGUGACAUGGCAACGAUUUAUUGGUCUCCACUGCCCACAGAUUGCUCAGGCCUUUUAUGAUGAUUGGUCUCGGUGUCAGUCUGACGCUUCCUUCAAAUCGAAAUAUUUCUGUGCUAUAAUUGGAAGAGCGUAGAGAAUUUGAUUCCGCGAUGUUUAAAAAGUGCUCAAGAAUUAACAUUUACUUUUUAAAACACUAAGUUAUUAACACUUCAUUUAUUUAAUACAACAGUUACACCAAAAAUCUAGCCAUUUAUAGUUUUCCCGCCAUAUAUGUAAAUCCCCAAUCAUUUAUGUCUCCAAUAGUGCGCUAAUUACGUAUUAGAAUGUAAUAAAACUCCAGCGAUGAAGGGCUUGAUAAAAGAAAGUUAAAUUAAAAUCUCUUAUUAAGUUUAAAUUAUUAUUCUGUUAUGUAUUUACUCAGAAAUCAUCAUCAAAAUCCAUAUGAGUGAGGGCUUGAGAGGCUCAAAUCCUCUCUUGCAAAAGCCCUGUUGUAUUGCGUAGUGUAAAUGCGACCAUACAGGUCGCGAAUUUUGGGUUUCCCAGACCUGUCGAGACGGAGAUCAGCAAGUCUGAGGCAGUCAAAAAAGCCGUGAGAAAUAUGAGCCAACAGGAUCUUGACUUGCCCUGCGCUAUAAUAGCUUACUCACGCCUGGACAGCCUUCACCACGAGAAAAAGCGAUCAGAGGCGCCUCAUGUGCUCCCAGACUCCACGGGCUUUUUGGGACAUGUUCCCAGCACUUAAACCACUUUUCCAUUUCUAUUUUUUGCAAUAACAUGAAGAAAAUAUUUUUUUUCUGAAGCACGAUAAGAAACCACAAACAUUGAAGAGUUCCUCUUCAGAAGAUCAAAUAGUUUUCUUUCACUCAUCAACUAGUAUCUCAUUGGUUUAUGAUCAAAGACUCGAGCGAUGUAAAGUCUGUCUCGUUUUCUAAACGUGGUGUUUUUGGGUAAAGUUAGAAUUUAAUUUUCUGUGAUCAUUACAAUACCUCUAUUAAAGCGACACCUAUCGUUAGGUAGCCCCGAACACUGACCUAUGACGUGGAAACAGGAUGGCUGCCUGGUCGUGCGGUUUACGCGCUGAACUGUCGUUCGGAUUCAUCGAUGGUCCCGGGUUCAAACCCUGCCCGCGCCCAUCCCCCGUAGUCCUGCGGGAGGUUUGGACUAGGAAGUAGGCCUAAAUUAUCUUCAACUCUGAAGGAACAUCCGUAACAUGUAAAAAUGUGUUCUAUUCAUCUAAGAGUUUAAUGUUUUUGAGUUGUGCACAGGUCUUCUAAGUCUAGAUCUAAAGGCCUAUCAUUAGAAUAUUAUAAAAUCUUGUAGAUAGUACUGCGCUCAUACGUCAGUAGAAGAAACUGUCAUCUGAGGUUUUCUUUGAAGUAGGCGUAGCUAUGGUGUGGGGGGGGGAUUUGAAAAUCCCCUGGGCCCCCACUUAAGGUGGUCCCCCAAAUGAGGGUUUGAAUAAAAUUGAAUUUUUUUAUGUUUACAUUAAAUAUUACUGUAUGCCAUUAUCUCAUGUCAUGAAGUAGAAUGUCUCAAUGCAGGGGUAAUAAAGAGCCCAAAACCUCCAGAUGCUUUGCUACGCCACUGGACUAACAGCAACCAACCAAGUCAUCCCACAACUAACAGCAUAAGUACACCUCACAAAGUAACCUUUGUGCAAAUCUAUACAACUUUAAACAAAGAUACUUAUGGCUUGUCUUGUCCAGAGAUAAAAUAGAGUGCACAAUUUCAUGCGGGUUUCAGUCCUAUCUGUGACCUACAUAUUUUACAACACCCAACACAGACGAAACUGUUGUCUGUCUGUUUGUAAAUGUUAUUGUCCAAAAAAAUAAGUUACAAUCUAACAAAAAAAAAUAUUUAUAUUUAAAACUGCAUCACUUUAUUGUUCAAAACAAGUUGAUUCAUAUUUACACUAAAUAUAUUUUGAAAUUCCAAAAAAAAAAACAACAAUUAAAUAAUAAAGAUGUGUACAAGAAGUUGACAAUAAAAAUGUUCUAACCUUAAAAAAAACACAUAACGGCAAAAUAUGUAAGUUGAAUGUUUUAGUCUCUGGUUCAAAUCCCUGCAGUCCUGUACUAUGAGAUGAUUAUGUUUCAGCUAAAGGUCACAACACUACAGAAGUCUACAUCAGAAACAUUACAAGUUUGAUCAAUACACUGACCAUCAGGUCCACCACCACCGGCCUUUAUAUAUGUCCCCAUGACCAAGUCAACAUGCGGAGUUAAACAUUAGCAAAAGUAGCGAAGGAAUGGUAAAUGUUUGUUACCCAACGAUGAAACAGAGAUUUUAAUUAACAACAAUUGAAAGGGA